UUGCAUAACUGUCGGCGAUGUCGGGUGUGGGAUAUGUUAGAGAAAUAAAGAGUAUGAAGGUGAAGGGGUGAGAGAGAAGAAGAAAGAUGAAUGGUCCUGUCCUGCCAGCAGAAUUUCCAGCUCACCCGCUUAGGCCGGAUCCAUUUUCUACCGUUCUCUUCUCUUCUUCACUUUCUCUUCGUUUUCCUCACAAACACCACCCACUUUCUCUCUCGAUUCAAUUCCAUUUCACCAACACCAACACCACCUUUCCAUCAUCCCAAGUAACACACACACAACUCUGCAACAAUUUGCAUCAUCAUCACCAAUAACACACAAACAACUCUACAAAAAAUUUCACAAAAUCCUCAUCUGGGUAUCACCGUUUUGGUUCAUGCUGCACAAACCAGAAUCUGGGUUUGUGCGUUGUGUGUAAAUGGGCAAUGUCACAGGAACAGUGGCUGCGAAAUUCGCGUUUUUCCCGCCAGAGCCACCCACCUACGACGUUUACAGGGAGCAAGACGGCACGGCGGUGUUCUCCGGCAUCACCGCCGACAAAAACGUCGACGUUCACGUCCUUGAAACGAAGGGUGGGAACAGGGUCGUUGCCACGUUCUGGAAACACCCUUUUGCGAGGUUUACCUUCUUGUACUCCCAUGGCAAUGCCGCUGACUUGGGUCAGAUGCAUGACCUCUUCAUCGAGCUCAGAGCUCACCUUCGUGUCAAUAUCAUGAGUUAUGACUAUUCAGGAUAUGGAGCUUCUACAGGUAAGCCAUCAGAGUUGAACACCUAUUAUGACAUAGAGGCUGUAUAUAAUUGUUUGAAGAACGAAUAUAAACUUAAGCAAGAAGAUUUAAUUUUGUACGGUCAAUCGGUUGGAAGUGGCCCCACGCUACACUUGGCUUCUAAAUUGCAGAGGUUGAGAGGUGUUGUGCUCCACAGUGCCAUCCUUUCAGGAUUAAGGGUCUUGUACCCUGUCAAGAUGACAUUUUGGUUUGAUAUAUACAAAAAUCUUGACAAGAUUCGGCAUGUCAACUGUCCAGUAUUUGUUAUACAUGGAACAAAUGAUGACAUUGUUGACUUGUCUCAUGGAAAACGAUUGUGGGAGCUCUCCAAGGAAAAAUAUGAUCCCUUGUGGGUUAAGGGUGGGGGUCAUUGCAACCUAGAAACUUUCCCGGAGUACCUCAAGUACUUGCGCAAGUUCAUCAAUGCGAUGGAGAAACUUGCAAUCACAAGACCGACAAACAAACAACUCACUCAAAAUCCUAGUAUUACUGAAGCCAGACAUAACAAAUGCUUAAGAUUUGGCAAAAAAGUAACUUAAUCUUUUUAAGGUUUUGGAUGUGAGGAACCAGAGUCAUGGUUUCAUCAAAGGCUGAGCUCAACUGCAGGUACGUGUGCCACUUCGUUCGUAGAUUAAUGAUUUGGCUGCCAAUUGAAGGAUGUCUAAGACCCUAACCUUAAAGAGUGUCUCUGAUCCAAAUCCUGUUGAGGUAGCUAUAGCCUUAUUUAGGUGGAGAGUUCCGAGUGGUGUUUGCCUGGUUAAUUAUAAUGUACUCUAUUCGAAUUUCUGGCAAAGUUGUUGAGUUUAUGCAUAGUUCAUCAUUCUCGGGAAAAAGUUUCUGUUUCUUAGUUUUACCUCUACUAGAUGUUUCCUAUCUCUGCAAAUUAUGUAUGUAAUACAGGCACCAAGAUAGUCAUUUUAAGGUGGACAACUAAGACUGUUUGGAUACAGGUCGGCGGUCGGUACCCGAAGGGAACUUUUCUUAUAAAUUGUGAUGGAAAUUCAUUUACGAUAAACAUUGAUAUUCAAAUUCAAACACACAUUAUGUAGCGUUUUAAAUCAACAAGGAACAAUGUUGGAUUGGAUGUUA